AUGAGACAGAACAUUCUGAGGAUCCUGCCAAUUCUGUGCUGCGCGUUGCAUAUUUACAGUGGACAAUUGAUCCGUGACGCGCGAUGUUUCCUGGAGAACGGUGCCACCGCGGCGCACCUCUUCGUCAGCGAAGAUCUGCCGGUCGGUGACACCGUGGGUGUUCUAGGUGUCUUGGGUGAUCCUGGUCCCCAAGGGGACGUCGAGCUAAGGCUCCAGGAGAUCGACAGUCCCGUCACGUUCGCUGCGUACACGAAUAAUUUAACCCUGAUCCGACCCCUCGACAAAGAGGGCGUCGAUGGUCCCGCCAGCGUCUACGUGAACGUUAUCUGCGAGAGAAAGCACACCCUGGAUCCUGGCUUCGUGAUACCGGUUAACAUCCGUGUAACAGAUGCGAACGACAAUGCUCCGCAAUUUGUCAACGCGCCUUACGUACUGAAUAUCUCGGAGGUUACCGUUGUUGGGACAAGGGUAUUGCAGGGAGUACGAGCCGUGGAUGCUGAUCAACCAGGACCAUUUUCUACUGUGCAGUAUGCUGUCCUACCUGGACCGCAUUCGGACUACUUCGUGUUCGUGAACGCUUUAGAGGGCACACUGGUGCUCAGGAAACCGUUGGAUUACGAGACUCUGUCUAACUUUUCCGUUGACAUUCGGGCACAGGACCAAGGAAAUCCACCGCGAUCGUCCACCACAACCCUCCACGUGAAUGUGAUCGACGCGGAUGAUCAGAAUCCUGCUUUCCAGAGCGAUCAAUAUAAAAUUAUUGUCCCUCGACAGAUAAUACCGAGAAGGGUACUGAAGGUGGAUCCAGCCCCGAUAAAGGCGGUGGAUCAAGAUCUGGGGAUCAAUGCUCCCGUUAAAUACACGAUUCAAGGCGGAAUUCUGCCGUUUCUUACAUUGAACCCUGAAAUUGCCGAGGUCGCCAUUACGCGGCCAUUGUACGAGCACGAACUUUUAUCUCCAGCGACGAUUGUUGUUAAGGCCACUCAGAUAGACAAUCCAGACAAGUACGCGCUUUCGACGAUCGUCGUGUCGCGGGAAAGCGACUGGAGCGUGGAACCCACCGCUGGUGGAAGAUUGCCCGUGAAGUUCAUCAGGCGUGAUCAUCAAACCAGUAUUCCGGAGAACACACCGCCGGGAAGCGUAUUAUUAACGACGGGAGUGAACAAAGCGGACUCCAAUUUGAGGUUCUGGCUGGUGGGAGCGAUCGAGGAUUUGGAAAGAUUCUCCAUCACUAACUCUGGUGAACUGAUCUUGAAAGGAACUUUGGAUUACGAGAGAAGAAUCCAACACAGUUUCUUGGUUCGUGUCACUGAUGGUCAUCAUAACGACACCUCGCGAGUGAACGUCUCCGUCGAGGAUGUGAACGAAUGGGAACCCCGGUUUCGUCAUCCCAGAUACGAAUUUCACGCAGCAACCUUGAGAGAGGGAUCUAUUGUCGGAAAACUAGAGGCAGCCGAUGGUGACAGGGACGACAAAGUUAGUUUGUCGCUUCGAGGUCCCGACGCAAGAUCGUUCGAGAUUCGUGAGAGUGGGGAGUUGAUACUUCGAUCAUCAGCGACUGUCAAUGGUUCCUUGGCUCGACUGGUGGCUGUGGCUUCCGACUCAGGCCGUCCUCCUAGGUCAAGUAUGAUCCCAGUGAUCGUUCAUAUACCAAAUAGCGGUUCGUUACCAAUCGCAGCACGAGCUGCACCUGCCUGGUUAGGCAGCAGCGUCCUCCUGGUCGCGGUCUUUGGUGCUGUCUUGGGUCUGCUAGGAGUUAUUAUACUUGUUUUAAUUUUGUACAUAUAUAAACAUAAGAGACCAAAGACUAGCGGCUCGGUGAGCUCCGUGGGGACAGGCUAUCGUGAAAAAUCACCUGUUCCCUCUGCCUUGAGUCCCACUCCUCAGGUGCUCGGGGCAAAUAUGCUCCAGGAUGCCCUGGAGGCUCCACGCAGAGAAAAUCGUCCAGUGGGUGCACAUAGCAUCGACGAGAACGACGAAGAGGAGGAUGGUGGUGGCGAUCACGAAGACGAGGAUCACGUCGAUCAGGAAGUGAUCGACGACAGUAACAAUAGCGAAAUGAGGGAGAUGAAUAAUGAGGUGAACGACAUCGAGAACCCUGUUUUUGGAGCGAGGAACUCUUACAGCGCCACGAUUAAAAGUUUAACAUCGGCCAGACAAGUACCGAUAUAUCCAAGACACAAAGUGGCUCCAGCCCCGAAUCCGCCAGGUCUAUCAGCGACCUCGAACAUCCCCAAUAUCGGCGGUUUGGUGCAGAACAUGAACGACUUGAGCGCGAAAUCGAACCUGAACGCGGCUUCACGCGAAUCUUCCAAUUACUCUGGGGAUCUUCCGGAAUCGCUGAUGCCCGCGUGGCCUGCUUGCUCCGUCUCGCAGAGGGUCAAGAAACUAUCGUGGGACGACGACGACAGGACGGUAGACAGCGUGGAAGUGGCGGCUGAAACUAUGUCCAAGAACAGCCAGACGGGGAACGAACGACUCAAUCUCACCGUGUACUUCUAA